AUGGACAGUCUAAAAAUUGAAAUCGAAAAGAAACGAAAAGCUUUAGAAAAUGUUGCAACAGGAGAUCAAGGAUCUAAAAAAAAGAAGUACAUUAGUCGCGCAGAUUUGGAAAAACAAAGGGAACAAGAAUACUUAAAAAUUCAAGAAGAAUUAGAGCGAAAGCGUGAGGAAAAACGUAAAUUAAAAGACCAAACACUUGCGUCACCUAAUGAACAAGAAAAGGCAGAACAAGCCACACCUAAUAAGGAAGUACAGAAGGAAGAGAAUGAUGGUAGCGAUACAUUUAAUAUUUCACAAGAAGAGGUGAUUCGCCGAUUAAGAGCAAAGGGACAACCAAUUCGCCUUUUUGGGGAAUCAGACAAAGAUAGGAAAACUCGAUUACGAGCACUUGAACUUAUAGAGGAAAGGUCAGAGGGACAACGUAAUGAUUUUAUGAAAACUUUAGAAGAAAUGGAAACUGGUUUGGAUUUGGAAGUUUUGAAGAAACAACCUGAAGAAGAUAUUAGUCGAUCUUCAAAAAAGAAGAGAGUUGCGGAAGAUCUGCCUUUGGAUAACACACCAAUCGAAGUUGAUCUCAUUGAAAAAGAUCCUGAUAAACUUUAUAUCCUUAUAUACACUUUCUUCAAGCGUUUGUUAAGAGAAUGGGAACAAGAAAUGAAUAAUCGGCCAGAUCAUGUAAAGAGAAGUACACAAGGAAAAUUUGCAGCAGCUACUCAAAAGCAAACAAAUGAAUAUAUGCAACCAUUCUUUAGAACUCUAAAAAAAAAGGCAAUUGAGCCAGACGUACUGGCACGAAUAACAGAAAUCACGCAUUAUAUGCAAAAACGAGAGUAUAUGAAUGCAAAUGAUGCAUAUUUGCGAUU